AGGAGGGAGGGAGGGAAAGCCAAGCCUGACAUGGGCCAGAGCAAGAGGGGAGGCACUUGCAAAGGCCUCGGAGGCAGGAUGGAAAAGACAGUAAUUACAUAAGAGCACUUGGCGAGCAUCUGGCUGGAGUCAGCUGGGCCCCACCAGCCCUCCCUCUCCGCGCUGCUAACCAGGAGCAGCUGAGGAUACGGAUAACCCAACGCAGGACUCUCCGGAGGGGAGCGGAGGUCACCAUGGACACAAUGUACCUGCGCGCAUCCCUGGCCUUCCUUCUCCUCCCUCUUUUUGUGCUUGGGGCACCCACCGAUGAACCCAACCUCACAGAACAAGCCCCUGGUGCUUGCAAGCGCUGUUGUGACCCACCAGACUCUUCCACAGAUGCCUUACCGCUCCCUCCCAGCCACCACCACUUGCCUUACCCAAUGCCGGAGGUCCGUCCCUAUAUCAACAUCACCAUACUGAAGGGAGAGAAAGGAGACCGAGGAGAGCCUGGGAUGCCAGGGAAAUGGGGUAAAGAAGGACCACGAGGUGAGCGGGGUGCCCAGGGCCAGAAAGGCAGUAAAGGACAGAUGGGCACAGCGGGAGACCCCUGCAAGCAUCAGUACGCUGCAUUCUCUGUUGGUCGCAAGAAAGCACUGCACAGCAGCGAAGGCUUCCAGGUCUUGAUCUUUGACACCGUCUUUGUCAACCUCUACAGCCACUUUGAUAUGUUCAAUGGCAAAUUCUACUGCUAUGUAGGGGGACUUUACUAUUUCAGCCUCAACGUCCACACCUGGAACUUCAAGGAGACCUACAUGCACAUCAUGCACAACGAAGAAGAGGCAGUCAUCUUGUAUGCCCAACCCAGCGACCGCAGCAUCAUGCAGAGCCAGAGCCUUAUGCUGGAGCUUCAGGAAAAUGAUGAGAUCUGGGUGAGGCUCUACAAGCGGGAGCGGGAAAAUGCCAUUUACAGUGAUGAUGUUGAUGUGUACAUCACCUUCAAUGGGUACCUGGUCAAGCCCAGCCUUGACUAACUGUCUCUCCUCCUCCUUGGGGCCUCUUCGGCCUUUUCCUUCUUCCUCUCUCUCUUUCUCUCUCUCUCUCUCAAUCUCUCUCCUGCCCGCAGCCACUGCAAAUCACUUGGAAAUGGGCCUGUGAAGUCUCAGGCACUGAGUGUGAAACUUGCCACACUGGCUUCCACCUCACGCUCUCUUGUAGCCAGGCCUGUAGCUGUCCACUUACAGCGAGACACUACCAUCUCUCGCCCCCUCACCUCAUGAUCCCAACUUAGGUUAUCAGCAUCUUCUAAAUCUGCCAGUGAGCUGUGUCUGGCAUUUAGGGUCCUGGAGCAGGAGGAAAGCUAAAAUGCUGCUCCUGGGGAUGUGUCCCUCUUGCAGCUUCAUACACAAAGGACUCCUGUAUAAAGGGCUAAAAAGUCCCCGCUGCCCAGGUGCACCCUGGCUCGUCUCCAUCACAACUAGACACACUAGUUUUGCAGCCUGAAACGUGGUCUUAAUGUCACCUCUCACACCUGUAGUCUGGAGAGCUGACUGGGGUCUGAUGGCCUCCUGUAUCAGAUGUAAGACCAGUGAGAAACAAUACUGGUUUUCCAAAAAGGGGACUGUUGGUCUUCUGAAGUAUGUCACUGGCUUUCCUUAGAUGCUCUUCUGGGUCACAGAGUCCAGGCUGGCUGUAAAAUCUAGGCCUGGUGGGGCUGUUCCCCGCUGUGCUAGCUCUAGCCCUUCAAACAGGUGAAGGGCCGGACUCUUCAGAACUAUCUGCUGUUGAAUCAGUAGAGCCCACCACUCGAUUCCCAGUAAGGAUCAUAGAACAAGAGAGAGAGAGACCACCCUACCAAGCCUGCCUCCCCAAACUUCCCUGGGGUGCUACUUGGUCUCGGUUCCCCAGCUGUGGGAAGCUAGUCCAGACAGAGAACCUGAAUCUGCUCCCUUCUUUGGCAGAGGUGCACCCAUGGCCUUCCAUUGGUAUCAGCAGUAUUUUUAACACUUGCUGAUGUGAGGGGAGAGUCAGGCCCUGGUUACUGUGUGCCAUUACAUUGUCCUCCUGAAGGUGGUUCUCCCACACUGGUAUUGAGGCACCGCUGUUUCAGGACCUGAGAUAGCUGGAGGCUGUGAGAGCUAUUGCAGUUACAUCAGUUCCAAACCUGGGCAGGCUGGCUCCUCUUUGCCUCUGGGAUGGAAAAGAGAGAGAGGUGAGACUACAACAGCUCACCCCAGGGUUAAAAGCUUCCCUGCCCCAUGCUCCGUGCCCUUUUCUGGCAAUCUCAUCAGAACAACUGAGAAAAGCAUGUGGCUAAAACAAAUCCUUGCUCUUCUUGUCAUGUUGGAGAUGUUGCAGUGGGAAAGGAAUGUCAGCAGCAGGGUUUUCUAGUACCAUUUGUACUGGUCUCACGCUGCUCUCACUCACGUCCCUCCGGGAUUGCUGUGGUCCUGGUGGGGGGCAGGUGAGGCUGACUCAGCACUUUGGGAAACCUACUUCCACAUGUUGUGAUGCUCCUGUAAACAGCGGUGCCAAGAGUUGUCUCUUUUUUGAGUUUCAGGACAGGACAAGCAGGAGGAGAAACUAUUUCUCCUCUGCCCAUCACUGGUAAUGAAGUCUUCCGAGUUACAUAGCUUCUGUGCUCUCAUGAUUAGCCGUGGUCUCUGCCUAUAGCACCUGGGACUGCCAGAGCUCUGCCAUAGGAGAUAUGCAUCCUUAUACAGGACUAGGUCUGGUACACUCAGCCCAGGAUGGCAAGGGCACAGGGACCCAGGAUAAAUAUUAAAAAUGAACCUCAGAAAAUCGCAGGACAUUUUCUCUCUUGUCCUGUUUGCUUACCCUCCCUGCUUUGCUAAGGAAGAUGUACAGACUGGAAUGAGUUUCAGGCACUUUCUGUCCUGGAUCCUCCCCACCACUGUCACUGAGGCAAUGGGUAUAAAAACAAGGUUUCACUGAGGCAAAGCUGGGUUUUUCCCAGGGAAGCAUGUAAUGGUGGGAUCAUGGGAACUAAAGGAGACUGUGAGUUUCUUCCCCUCCCUAAGCAGGUCAAGUGUGUGGAAUUGCUCAGAGACAGGAUUUCAGACAGUAGAGAGGAAGCAGCAUGUUGGAGAUGAUGCUCAGGACUGAAUUCUUUUUCUCUCUUCCUCAAUAGACUGCAAACCCAGAUAUUGUCUAUUUACAGUGUAUAGUGCCCCUGUGUCUCCCUAAAGAAAAUCAAGCCUCUCUAACACUUAAUACCUCCAGAAACAAGCUUUCUUCUUCCUCCUUUUCUAUUUGAUGUUUGAAUGCCAGUGAUAUGUCUCAUGCGCCUAUCCAUGAGCAGUCAAACAGUGCCUGAUCUGUAUGAGAGGGGAGGGCAGGGGGACCAAAGGGUGUGUUUAACAGGCUUCUUGGUGCUAAACAAGAUGGCAAUCCCUUGGUGCUAAUUAAGAUUUCAGGAGUAUUGGGUGCUUUCUGGAAGGUGUAGUAGGCCGAGUUGUAAUGUACUGUGGAAUUAAUGGUGCUUUAUGUUACAAAACCAAACAAACUCCAAGUUUUGUAUAUAUAUAUGUAUAUUAUUUUUUUUCCAGUGGUAUUAAACUUUUUUUCCUUGGUU